CUGUGUCUGCUUGGAUCAAGACAGCCUCUUAGGAUCUCAGCGCUACAAUCUGUUAACUACAGCGGCUCUUCUUGAUGAUAUGAGAGCUGAUCAAGGCGAUACCCCGCACCUUAGGCAUCAGAUCUUUUUGCCAAAUACGGAUCUCUAUGCAUUUUUCUGAUCGCUAAAAAUAAAACACAGGAAACCCUUGGCUGUGGGGAUAACAGCGUCGACAUGACUGCGUUGAGGAAAUUGAAAUAUCUACUGGUUCUUUUCGCAGGUCUAAUCACUGCAGCUAACGGUCAGGCUUGUGGAGGUUUGGUACAAGGUCUUAAUGGUACAAUAGAAAGCCCAGGUUUUCCUCAUGGUUAUCCAAACUAUGCCAAUUGCACCUGGAUCAUAGUCACAGGAGAGCGCAACAGGAUACAGCUAUCAUUUCAUACCUUUGCCCUUGAGGAUGAUUUUGAUAUAGUAGCAAUCUAUGAUGGACAGCCGCUUCAAGGCAACUUGAAAAUGAGGUUGUCUGGCUUUGAUUUGCCAUCACCUAUUGUAAGCACAGGCUCAAUUCUAGCACUUUGGUUUACUACUGACUUUGCAGUGAGUGCCCAAGGAUUUAAAGCUAUCUAUGAAGUAUUACCAAGUCAUACCUGUGGUAAUCCAGGAGUAAUUCCAAAAGGAACUGUCCAUGGAACACGAUUCAAUAUUGGAGACAAGAUUCGCUACAGCUGUGUGACAGGCUAUGUCUUGGAAGGUCAUGCAGUGCUGACAUGUAUUGUGAGUCCAGGGAGUGGAGCAUCUUGGGACUUUCCAGCUCCAUUCUGCAGAGCUGAAGGAGCUUGUGGUGGAACAUUAAGAGGCACAACUGGAACAAUAUCGAGUCCGCACUUCCCAUCUGAGUAUGAGAAUAAUGCUGACUGCACAUGGAGCAUACUUGCAGAACCUGGGGAUACCAUUGCCUUGGUCUUUACAGAUUUCCAGCUUGAAGAUGGAUACGAUUUUCUUGAGAUCAGUGGAACUGAGGCCCCAUCAAUAUGGCUGACUGGCAUGAAUCUGCCCUCCCCUGUAAUCAGCAGCAAGAAUUGGCUUCGGCUGCAUUUUACAUCUGACAGCAACCACCGACGGAAAGGAUUUAAUGCCCAAUACCAAGUGAAAAAAGCAAUUGAACUGAAGUCCAGAGGGGUCAAGAUGCUUCCAAGUAAAGACACCAACCACAAAAAUACUGUCUUGAGUCAAGGUGGAAUAGCAGUGGCUGCUGAUAUUUGUCCCGACCCGGGGGUCCCAGAGAAUGGGAAGAGGACAGGUUCUGAUUUCCAGGUUGGUGCCAGUAUCCAGUUCUCAUGUGAAGACAGCUAUGUACUCCAGGGUUCAAAGAGCAUCACUUGCCAGAAAGUGACGGACACUUUGGCUGCAUGGAGUGACCACAGGCCAAUCUGCCGUGCAAGAACAUGUGGGUCCAAUUUAAGAGGGCCAAAGGGUAUCAUCACAUCUCCAAAUUACCCAGUCCAGUAUGAGAAUAAUGCACAUUGUGUAUGGGUUAUUACUGCAGCUGCUUCUGACAAGGUCAUCAAGCUUGCUUUUGAAGAGUUUGAUCUUGAAAGAGGCUAUGAUACAGUAACUGUGGGAGAUGGUGGGAAGAUUGGUGAUGCAAGAACAGUGUUGUACGUUCUCACAGGUUCCAGUGUUCCUGACCUGAUUGUGAGUAUGAGCAAUCAGAUGUGGCUUCAUCUUCAGUCUGAUGACAGUAUUGGAUCUCAGGGUUUUAAGGCAAUCUAUGAAGAAAUUGACAGAGGAGGGUGCGGAGAUCCUGGAAUACCAGCCUAUGGUAAACGUGCUGGCAGCAGUUUUUUACAUCGAGACACACUGACAUUUGAGUGUCAGGCAGCUUUUGAAUUGGUUGGAGAAAGGACAAUCUCUUGCCAGCAAAAUAACCAGUGGUCUGGAAACAAACCCAGCUGUGUCUUCUCCUGCUUUUUCAAUUUCACGGCUCCAUCAGGAAUUAUCCUGUCUCCCAACUACCCAGAGGAGUAUGGAAACAACAUGAACUGUGUGUGGCUGAUUAUUGCUGAACCAGGAAAUAGAAUCCAUCUCAUCUUUAGCGAUUUCGAAGUGGAGCCCCAGUUUGACUACCUAACAGUAAAGGAUGACGGGACGUCUGAAGCAACAACAUUCGGAACUUUCUCUGGCAAAGAUGUCCCUUCUCAAAUUGCCAGCAAUGGACACAUAGUGCGACUGGAGUUUCAGUCUGAUCACUCCAACACAGGAAGAGGAUUUAACAUAACAUACACAACGUUUGGGCAGAAUGAAUGCCAUGACCCUGGAAUACCCAUCAAUGGGCAGCGAUUUGGUGCCCGGUUCCUGCUGGGCAGUUCUGUUUCUUUUCAUUGUGACGAGGGCUUCAUAAAAACCCAAGGUUCUGAGACAAUUACGUGUGUGAUGCAAGACGGAAGUGUGGUCUGGAAUUCAGCAGUGCCCAGGUGUGAAGCCCCCUGUGGUGGUCGCUUAACUGCACCAAAUGGAGUGAUCCUGUCUCCUGGCUGGCCAGGAUCUUAUAAGGACUCGUUGAACUGUGAAUGGGUGAUUGAAUCAAGACAAGAUCAUGCCAUCAAAAUAUCAUUUGACAGGUUUCAGACUGAAGUUAAUUAUGAUACAUUAGAAAUACGAGAUGGACCUGCUAACUCAUCACCAUUAAUUGGAGAAUACCAUGGUACUCAGGCUCCCCACUUCCUUAUCAGCACCAGCAAUUACAUGUAUCUUCUGUUCACCACUGACAACAGUCGGUCCAGCGUGGGCUUCCAGAUUCGUUAUGAGAGUGUCAUGUUGGAGUUGGAUUCCUGUCUAGAUCCUGGUAUCCCUGUAAAUGGAAAACGACGGAGGAACAGCUUUGCAAUUGGUUCCAGAGUGUCAUUUAGUUGUGAUCAAGGAUACACGCUUAGUGAUGAUGAGCCAAUUAUUUGUGAAAGGAACCAUCAGUGGAACCACGCGUUGCCCAGUUGUGACGCUUUAUGUGGAGGAUACAUGCACGCUAAAAGUGGAACAGUGCUAUCUCCCGGGUUUCCUGAUUAUUACCCUAACUCGCUAAACUGCACUUGGACCAUAGAAGUGUCUCAUGGAAAAGGAGUACAGAUACUUUUUCACACCUUCCAUCUUGAGGAUUCUCAUGACUAUUUACUUAUCGCAGAGGAUGGAAUCUUUACUGAGCCAGUUGCACGGCUUACCGGAUCUGUCUUGCCACCAUCAAUCAAAGCAGGCCUCUUUGGAAAUUUUAGUGCACAACUGCGGUUUAUUUCUGACUUCUCUAUGUCCUAUGAAGGAUUUAACAUAACAUUUUCAGAAUAUGAUCUGGAACCCUGUGACGAUCCAGGAGUCCCAGCUUUCAGUAGGAGAAUUGGCUUUCAGUUUGGAGUUGGAGAUUCUUUGAUUUUUUCUUGUCUCCCUGGAUACAGACUGGAAGGCAAUAACAGGAUCACUUGUUUAGGAGGGGGCCGGCGUGUUUGGAGUGCACCUCUGCCAAGGUGUGUGGCUGAAUGUGGAGCAUUUGCAAUUGGAAACAAAGGAAUACUGUUAUCUCCCAAUUACCCAUCCAACUAUGAAAAUAAUCAUGAGUGCAUCUACAAAAUUGAGACUGAAAAAGGGAAAGGAAUAAGUCUCAGUGCCAUAAACUUUCAGUUGCAGGAGGGGGACAACCUUAAGGUUCAUGAUGGCAAAGAUAGUUCAUGUCGACUACUUGGCCUUUUCACAAAGAAUGAGAUGCAUGGUGUGAUCAUCAACAGCACCUCCAACCACCUGUGGUUAGAAUUUAACACAAAUGGAACUGGCACUGAGAAAGGAUUCCAGUUAAAAUACAGCAGUUUCGACCUUGUAAAAUGUGAGGAACCAGGAAUCCCUACCUAUGGUUACAAGAUUCAAGAUGAUGGACAUUUUGCUGAUACAUUUGUGUUGUACAGUUGUAACCCUGGGUACACAAUGCAUGGCAGCAGUACCUUGACCUGUCUAAGUGGGGAUCGACGAGUGUGGGACGAACCAAUACCUGCUUGUAUAGCUGAAUGUGGAGGCCACAUUACAGGAGCUACUUCAGGAAGAAUAUUGUCACCUGGUUACCCUGCACCGUAUGACAAUAACCUACAAUGUAUCUGGUCCAUUGAAGCAGAUCCUGGUAAAACCAUAAGCCUUCAUUUUAUAGUCUUUGACACUGAAGUUGACCACGAUAUCCUUAAAGUGUGGGAUGGUGCAAUAGAAAGUGACAUCCUACUAAAAGAGUGGAGUGGCUCAUCAUUACCUGAAGACACCCACAGCACGUUCAAUUCAUUAACUCUGCAGUUUGACACUGACUACUUCAUCAGCAAGUCUGGGUUCUCCAUUCAGUUCUCAACUACAACCGCUACAACAUGCAAUGACCCAGGGACUCCACAGAAUGGCACUAGAUACGGUGACAGCCGAGAGGCUGGAGAUACUGUUACUUUUCAGUGUGAUCCAGGCUACCAAAUACAAGGAGCGGCAAAAAUCACCUGUGUGCAACUCAACAGCAGAUUCUUUUGGCAACCCGAUCCUCCAACUUGUAUUGCUACCUGUGGAGGAAAUGUGACAGGCCCAGCAGGCGUGAUUUUAUCACCUAACUACCCACAGCCUUAUCCUCCAGGGAAAGAAUGUGAUUGGAGAAUAAAAGUGAAUCCAGACUUUGUAAUCGCCUUGAUAUUCAAAAGUUUCAACAUGGAACCCAGUUAUGAUUUCUUACACAUUUAUGAAGGGGAAGAUUCCAACAGCCCUCUAAUUGGCAGUGUCCAAGGUUCUCAGGCCCCUGAUAGGAUAGAAAGCAGCGGGAAUAGCCUUUUUCUGGCUUUCCGCAGUGAUGCUUCUCUGGGGAUGUCUGGAUUUGCAAUUGAAUACAAAGAGAAACCACGGGAAGCUUGCUUUGACCCUGGAAAUAUAAUGAAUGGUUCCCGCAUAGGAACUGAUUUUAAACUGGGUUCUACUGUUACCUACCACUGCGACUCCGGCUACAAGACUGUUGGCCCAGCUACCAUUACAUGUAUUAUCGGAGAUGAUGGGAAACCAGUAUGGGACAGAGGACUCCCGUCUUGUAAUGCUCCCUGUGGAGGCCAGUAUACUGGGUCAGGAGGGGUCGUUUUAUCUCCUAGUUAUCCACAUAAUUACACAGCUGAUCAGACAUGUAUAUACUCAAUUACUGUAUCCAAAGAAUUUGUGGUAUUUGGACAGUUUGCAUAUUUCCAAACAGCAGUGAACGAUGUGGUAGACCUAUUUGAUGGGGCAAACCAGAACGCCAGACUUCUUAGUUCCCUUGCAGGAUCACAUACAGGAGAGACUUUACCUUUAGCCACAUCUAAUCAAAUUCUGCUCAGGUUCAGUGCCAAAAGUGGUGUUUCUGCUAGAGGUUUCCACUUCAUUUACCAAGCUGUUCCCCGCACAAGUGAUACCCAGUGCAGCUCCGUACAAGAGCCCAGGUAUGGCAGGCGAAUUGGUUCAGAGUUCUCAGCAGGGUCCAUUGUUCGCUUUGAAUGCAAUCCUGGCUAUCUCCUGCAAGGCUCUAAAGCUAUUAAGUGCCAUGCUGUUCCAAAUGCACUAGCACAGUGGAAUGACACAAUACCUACUUGUAUAGUUCCAUGCAGUGGAAAUAUGACUGAAAGAAGAGGCACGAUUCUGUCCCCAGCAUACCCUGAGCCCUAUGGUAACAGUUUAAAUUGUGUGUGGAAAAUCACUGUAGCUGAGGGAGCAGGUAUACAGAUCCAGGUUAUCAGCUUUGCCACAGAGCACAACUGGGAUUCACUUGAAAUAUAUGAUGGUGGUGAUUUGACUGCACCAAAACUCGGUAGCUACUCAGGUACCACUGCACCCGCUCUUCUCAACAGUACUUCUAAUCAGCUGUAUCUGCAUUUCCACUCUGAUAUCAGUGUUGCUGCAGCAGGCUUUCAUUUGGAAUACAAAACUGUAGGGCUUACAACGUGCCCUGAACCAUUAGUCCCCAGCAAUGGUAUAAAGGUUGGAGACAGGUACUUGGUCAAUGAUGUGAUAUCAUUGAGUUGUGAACCAGGAUAUGUGUUACAGGGACACUCACACAUAUCUUGUAUGCCAGGGACUGUUCGUCGCUGGAAUUACCCACCUCCCCUCUGCAUUGCUAGGUGUGGAGGAACGCUGUUUGAAAUGAGUGGUGUCAUCCUAAGUCCUGGUUUUCCAGGAAACUACCCUAAUAAUCUUGACUGUACAUGGAAGAUCUUACUACCUGUUGGAUAUGGUGCACAUUUACAGUUCCUGAACUUCUCUUCAGAAGCCAAUCAUGAUUUUUUGGAAAUACGCAAAGGACCACAUCAUACUAGUUCCUUAAUUGGCCAGUUUAGUGGUACAGAAAUCCCACCAUCUAUACUUAGCACAACACAUGAAACUGUGGUUCAUUUCUACAGUGAUCAUUCGGACAACAGGCAAGGAUUUAAACUGAAAUACCAAGCAUACGAAUUACAAAAUUGCCCAAAUCCUCACCCAUUUCCCAAUGGAUACAUCAUCAACAAUGAUUUUAAUGUGGGACAGUCAAUAUCCUUUGAGUGCUACCUGGGAUAUGCUCUUAUCGGACAUCCAGUUCUCACCUGUCAGCAUGGAAUCAACCGGAACUGGAAUUAUCCUUUUCCAAGAUGUGAAGCUCCUUGUGGUUAUAACAUAUCCGCUCAGAAUGGCACAAUUUAUUCACCUGGAUUUCCAAAUGAGUAUUCACACUCCAUGGAUUGUAUUUGGAAAAUUACUGUAUCUCAUGGUCAUGGGAUAUACAUCAACUUCACUUUGCUCCAGACUGAACCUGUCAAUGAUUACAUUGCUGUAUGGGAUGGUCCUGGUGAGAAUUAUGCACAGCUUGGAGUGUUUAGUGGUAAUACAGCCCUUCAAUCAGCUUACAGCUCCUUCAAUCAGGUUCUUAUCAAGUUUCACAGUGACUUCUCAACGGGUGGAUUUUUUGUCCUCAAUUUUCACGCCUAUCGUCUGACUAAGUGCCAGCCCCCUCCAGUUGUCGCACAAUCAGAAAUAUUAAAAGAAGAUGAAGAUUAUGAAAUAGGAGAGGCUGUGCAGUACAAGUGCUUUCUGGGGUUUACUCUGGUGGGCAGUGAUCAGCUCACCUGUAAGCUUAAUACAUACCUACAGUUUGAAGGUACACUGCCUUCCUGUGAAGCUCAGUGUCCUGCAAACGAAGUCCGUACUGAAUCCUCUGGUGUGAUCCUUAGUCCAGGGUAUCCAGGCCUCUAUCCAAACUCCCAGACCUGCUCUUGGAUGGUUAAAGUGGAGUUCGGCUAUAACAUCUCAAUUUAUGUGGAAAUGUUUACAAGUGAAAAACAGUUUGACGAACUGGAAAUAUUUGAUGGGCCUACAGGCCAAAGCCCAUUAUUGGUUGCUCUAAGUGGAAACCACACUGGACAGCUGAAUUUUACAAGCAAAACCAACGUGCUGUAUCUCCGGUGGUCAACCGAUCAUGCAACAAACAAGAAAGGAUUCAAAAUACGAUACUCAGCUGCAUAUUGUAGCUUGAAAAUUCCAAGGAAUGGUGGCGUCUUUAACAAGACAGUUGGUCAGCUUGGCAACAAAGUGUUCUACUCCUGUAAUCCUGGAUACAGGAUGAUUGGUCACAGUAAUGCAACGUGCAGACGCCACCAAAAUGGAUUAUAUGAUUGGGAUUUUGCUGUCCCAUUCUGUCAAGCUGUAUCUUGUGGUAUUCCUGAACCACCAGGGAAUGGAACAUUCUAUAGCAAUCAAUACACUUUGGGAAGCAAAAUUCAGUAUAAGUGCAUUGAAGGCUACAGAUUGGAAAUAAGUAGUGCAGCCACAACAGUAUGCCAAGAAGAUGGCACAUGGAAUAACAAAGGAAUACCACCACUGUGUAAACCUGUGCGUUGUCCUAAUAUUGCAACCAUGCUUUCUGAGCAUGUAGUCUGGCAUGUGAUUUCUGGUUCAUCAAAUGAAUAUGGAGCGCAGGUCUUGCUAAGCUGCAGUCCUGGUUAUUACUUGGAAGGUAGUAGAAUCAUGCAGUGCCUAGCUAAUGGGACAUGGAGAGGAAGUGAAGAAAAGCCAACUUGUAAAUUGAUGUCAUGUGGAGAGAUGUCUUCUCCACCAAAUGGUAACAGAAUUGGUACCCUAACCACAUAUGGAGCCACAGCAAUCUUUACAUGUAACACCGGUUACACACUUACAGGAUCUCAUGUACGCGAGUGUCAGGCCAACGGAUUGUGGAGCGGAACAGAAACUAGAUGUCUAGCUGGCCACUGUGGUUCUCCUGACCCAGUCAUUAAUGGGCAUAUUAGUGGAGAUGGAUUUAGUUACCGUGACACAGUGGUCUAUCAGUGCUACCUUGGCUUUAGACUUGUUGGUACUUCAGUAAGGAUUUGCCAACAGGACCACAAGUGGUCAGGGCGAGCUCCAGUUUGUGUUCCUAUAACAUGUGGUCACCCUGGCAACCCUACUCAUGGCAGAACCAAUGGAAGUGAGUUAAAUUUGAAUGACAUAGUUAACUUUACCUGCAAUACAGGGUAUAUUAUACAAGGUGCAUCAAGAGCACAAUGCCGGGCAAGUGGACAAUGGAGCAACCCACUACCAACGUGUAGAGUGGUAAACUGUUCAGAUCCAGGGUUUGUGGAAAAUGCCAUUCGUCACGGGCAACACAAUUACCCUGAAAGUUUCAACUAUAGAAUCAGUGUAAUAUAUCACUGUAAACAAGGAUUCUACCUGCUCGGCUCAUCUGUACUGACCUGUCAAGCAAAUGGUUUCUGGGAUAGAUCUCUUCCUAAGUGCCUUUCUAUAUCAUGUGGUAAUCCUGGUAAACCACCUAAUGCCAUUUUGACUGGGAACAAGUUCACCUAUGGAGCUGUGGUUUACUAUUCUUGCAGUGGAAAUAGAACUCUCAUUGGAAAUGCUACUCGCUUUUGUCAGGAGGAUGGCCACUGGAGUGGAUCACUUCCUGAAUGUUCAGGUGAAAGUCCUGGUGUCUGUGGUGACCCUGGUGUUCCAGCUCAUGGUUCAAGGCUUGGUGAUGAAUUCAGGACAAAACAACUGCUGAGAUUUUCCUGUGAAACUGGGUACAUUUUAAGAGAAUCAGCAGAGCGAACAUGUCUUCCAAAUGGUUCCUGGAGUGGCACUCAACCAGUUUGUGAAGCUGUAUCUUGUGGAAAUCCUGGCACCCCAGCCUAUGGGAAGAUAGUGUUUAGUGACGGAAUACUGUUCUCCAGUUCAGUCACUUAUGCAUGCUGGGAAGGGUAUAAGACUUCAGGUCUCACUACUCGUCAUUGUACUACCAAUGGCACUUGGACUGGCAAUCCACCAGACUGUACAGUAAUCAGCUGUGAGGAUCCAGGUGCAUUAGCCAACGGCAUUCAAAUAGGAAAUGAAUUUUCCUUUAACAAGACUGUCCACUAUCAGUGUCACCCAGGCUACAAAAUGGAACCAACUAUCUCUUCCACUUUACUUUGCACAAAAGAUGGGUCUUGGAACCAGACUAAACCUGUUUGCAAAGCUAUCACCUGUGGACAGCCUCCCCUGGUGCUUCAAGGGAAAGUGGAAGGAUCAGACUAUCAGUGGGGAUCCAGUGUUAGUUACAGCUGUUUUGAGGGAUACCAGCUAUCUGUACCUGCCAUAAUUACCUGUGAGGGAAAUGGCAUAUGGAGGGGGGAGGUUCCACAAUGUCUGCCUGUUUUAUGUGGUGACCCUGGGGCACCAGCUGAGGGUCAUCUUGAUGGCCAAACCUUCACCUAUCGGUCUGAGGUGUCAUUUCACUGCAGAUCUCCACAUAUUCUUGUAGGCUCAUCUAGAAGAGUGUGCCAAAAAGAUGGAACCUGGAGUGGAAUCCAACCUACAUGCAUUGAUCCAUCCUAUAACAUGUGUACUGACCCAGGCACGCCACAUUAUGGCUUACAAAACAGAUCUCAAGGUUAUGAGGUUGGAAGCAGAGUGUUCUUUAAAUGCAGAAAAAGCUACCACAUAUUGGGGUCCACAACACGCACUUGCCUCACAAAUUUAACCUGGAGUGGUGUGCAACCUGAAUGCAUAUCUCAUACCUGCAGACAGCCAGAGAAUCCUACUCAUGUUGAUGUGAAAGCUAUAGAUCUGCCUACUUUAGGCUAUACUCUAAUAUACACAUGUCAACCUGGCUUUUUUCUGGCUGGGGGGUCAGAACACCGGACUUGCAAAGCAGAUGGUAAAUGGUCAGGGAAGCCACCUAUAUGCAAAGUUGGGCCUAAAAUUAAACCAAAUGUAACUGUUCUGGUUUUGCACAAGAUUCAUGUUCCUGCAGAUGUCUUUUCAACAAACUCUGUCUGGAAAGGUUUCUAUGAAUAUCUUGAAAAAAGACAACCAGCAACUAUAACCAUUAACUGGUUCAAUAUUUCAAUGAGUACAGUGAAUGCAACAUUACUGGAGCACAGUGGUGUGUCGCUCAAACUUUCAGGGAUAUAUAAGAAAGAAGAGAACCAUUUAUUUCUAAAGGUCUAUCAGAUCAGAGGGCCCAUAGAAAUAUUUGUCAGUAAAUUUAAAAAUGAAAGCUGGGCUUUGGAUGGAUAUGUUUCAGCAGAAUCUGAAAGUGGUGGAUUUAUUUAUCAAGGCUCUAUUCGUGGAACAGACUUUGGAAAAUUCCGAUUAUUGAGACAAGACCCAGUAAUGGACACAGACCCUUCAAAUCCAUAUUAUGGCACCAACAGCAGUUCGGUAGCUGCCGCCAUUCUUGUGCCAUUCUUCGUACUUAUUCUAUCAGGGUUUGCGUUUUACCUCUAUAAACACAGGGUGUUUUCAGCAGACAGAGAUGAGAAUGUGAGACGCAAAGAAGUAAUCAGAACGGGCUGCAGAACAAGACCAAAAGUACAGUACAAUGGCUAUGUUGGGCAUGAGAACACAAAUGGACAAGCGUCAUUUGAAAAUCCAAUGUAUGACACAAAUUUGAAACCAACUGAGACAAAAGCUGUGAGAUUCGAUACAACUCUGAACACAGUCUGCACAGUAGUAUAGCUUUUGUUGUCAGUUUUAACUGAUUCAUAGCCAUACCUCUUGGGUAAGCAGCAUUUAUUUAGUCUCCUUUUUUACUCUUUGCUUUGCUACUGUGCUCUUUGUAACACCUUUUGUCAAGAAAAACAAUAUAACAAAAUAUGGAUUCUCCAAGAGUCAUUUUCCAUCACGCGAAGAAUGAGUUAAAGAACAUGAAAGCAAAACUAGACAUUUCAUACAGAACAAGAAGCACCUGAGGAUGUUUUGUCAGUUUCUCAUACCGUAUGCAUCGGCCUUUCAUGUUGCUAUCUGGAAGGAAGCGUUUCAAUGAAAUCUCUUGGGAAGAUUUUUGAAGUUUCAUGAAAAGCCUCUUAAUUGUUCAGAAAAGCUUUCUUAAGUGAAGAAGAGCAAUGAUAAAGGAGAAGUCAUCUUUCUACUUGGUUGCUCAUACAUUUCCAAAAUUGUUUCCAAUAAUAACACUGAAAAAAAAAAGUUUUACAACUACAAUUUUUGGUUUUAAACAUUUAAUUUACAGUCUUUUUUUAAAAACUGGUCGUUAAAUUUAGUUGUCAGUUUUUGUUAGCACCCCCUUUUGUUUAGGGGGGUGCUAAACUAAUUUUUUUUCACCGGCUGCCUCUGGUCAGCUGGUGUAGUCCCCCUACUGGCACUAAAUAGGACUGCCUGUCUCACAAAAGAAAUGUGCUGUCCACUAACUGGAAAUUAAGGGACGGUUGUGUUGCAAACUUAACUGCACAAUUUUUGCACUAGUGUGUUAUGAAUGAUUAAGCAAAUUGUAAAAAAAAAAAGUACAGGGUUUCUAUACACUGACCAUUGUAUAUAGACAUCAGACUCCAUGUUUAUACAGAGCACAUUGCCAUAGUUUUUUUGUUUGGCAGUAAAAAGCUGACUUUAUUUUCUAUAAUUAUUUUAAGGGCACGGGAAAAAAGGUAAUAUGUUAAAUAAUUGUUCACGUUAUAAAUUUUAUAUUUAAGUACUGUUUUUUGGUUAACUCAAUGAGCUAUGGAAGCAAAUAAUUAAAUAUCCCCAUUGUUUUUUCUUUUAUAUUUACACAGAAGGGUGUAUAAUAUGUUCUAUACUGAAAGCAUAAUCUAUUUCUGAAAAAAAAAAAAAGUGAAUAAUGAUGACUGUUGUGAAUUGUGAAGUUUCCAGGAAAGAGUGUUGUACAGCUGGUAUUGGAAAAUCUUAGAAGAUACCAUUGGUAUUAAGGCUGCCACCUUUAAACGUGCAAAGGUCUCUGUUUAGUUUAUUACUGAUAAUCAUUUAGAAAAUCCUUACACUCUAACCAAGUAUUUUUCCUUGGCUGUUUUACUAUUGUAACAUAAUGAUAAUGGACAUUCAGGUCCAUUAUUUAGCAUAUAAUCCCCAGCAGUCCUAUUUUGCCAAAGCCAACAUGUAUUUGUAGAUUUAUUUUUCAUACACUUGCAAUACAAGUCUCUGUAUUGGAGUGACAGCCCCAGCCACUGUACACUUCAGACAUGUUCCUGCCAAACAGGAAUUUAACUUUCUCAGAAGAGGGAAUGAAAUGUAAAUAUGGAGUCUGCCUGUAAUGCAGCCCUCAUUAUUUUAAAGGAAUGUUUUCCUCUCUACAAUAUUUAGAACGGGACGAUAGAGGAAAGGUAAGUUAAUUUUAUUUUAGUACUCUUGUUUUAAAUGACAGAUCAAGAUACUCUUACAUUAAUUAAAAACAACGACAACAACAACAACAUUGAUUUAUUUGUAAAAUUGAAGCAGUUUCAUUACCAAAUUAGUGUGGAAGUAUUGAUUUAAAAAAGGGAUGCAGUCCAUGUGUACAUUGCAUAGUAUAGAAAUUAGCCAUGUGCUAGGACCGCUGUAUAGGGUGGCUAUUCUAACAGAAGCAUAUUAUUUGGAAAUAACUGUUUGUUACUUUAAAAGUGUAUGCUGCUUACCCAGACAUGUGAAAUACUAUUCAUGACAUGUAUGAUUGUGCGAUACAAAUUCAUUUAAAUUAAUGAUUUAUUUUUUUGAUUGAGGUGGAUCCCCAAUUCUUGCUGUUCAGGUUACUUAAAAUGAUUUUCACGUUUACCAAACAUGGCAGCCUUAAUUGGUACCACAUGUGUAAAAAAAAAAAAAAAAAAAAAACUCUGUUUUGCCAGGCAACCAGCUUUUUAUUAUAAUUUGUAAAAUUUCCAGUGUGCAAUUGAUGCUUCAGCCCUUGUGUAAAAUAAGAAGCAUGUAUUUCACCUUAAUUUUAUAAGCAGUUUCUAUUUUGUGUGUGUGUG